CUCUGUGAAUAACAGGAACCUUGUGGAGAUAGCUCAAGCCAAUGAGCACCUCGCGGACGAUGACCGCCAUGAAUUUCUCCUCCAAGCACCCUCCCCGUGAUGCCUUCAUCAGAGACAGCACGCUACCUCCGUCAGCGUAUUCCAUUGCAAUCCACACCCUAGGGCCAUCCAUGUAGCAGCCGAAAUACUUUGUAAUGUUAGGAGCAUCUCGCAGCUGCGACAGCAAUGCCACCUCGCGUUGGAUGUCGCCUACAUCAUCGUCGGCAGUGUCGAGGUCGAUGAUUUUUAAAGCGACGACGUUCCCGGUAGCGAUAUGGAUACCCUUAGAGACAGAACCGUAGGCCCCUCUGCCGAUGGUCUCGAGACGCUUGUAGAGGGUGAGGACAGACGGCUGCGACAUCCGCGCACAUGGACGUUCGAAGCCAAGUCGCGCUCGCCGUGUGACUCGACUUUGAGCCUUGCUUCUGCACCAUCACUAUGGACCUCGACGUCUCAAUAUCGCCGCUUGUCACUCGCGAAUUCACUGCUGUCGUGCUCGCUGGAUUUGGUGCCGAGCUGAUACCUCUGACGAGCGAUUAUGGCGAUGAACCGUGUCCAAAGGCUCUUCUUCCUGUCGCGAAUAAGCCUAUGAUAGACUAUGUGUUUGCCUGGCUGGAGCUCUCAGGCAUCAAGGACGUCGUACUCAUUUGCCCGACGGUCCACCGGCAUGCAAUCUCCAAUCAUAUUCACUCAGAGACGAGCGUGUCCUUGCGUAUCGACUUGCAGACGUACGACGAGAUCAUGGAUGCUAGCGUCGGGACGUGCUCUCUAUUGCGGCACUUUGCCCACCGCAUACAAACAGAUUUUGUUGUCUUGCCUUGCGAUUUCCUGCCUCCACCCUCUCUUUCCCUCAACACCAUCUUGAACAAGUUUAGAUCUGACCGGAUAUCCGACGGUGCCAUUGCAACUACAUGCUGGUUUACAUCAAAUGAGAUGGAGAAAGCAAACGAGCCGGAUGACUGGAGUCCUGCUUUUCCUCCAGUCGCCGUAGUGUGGGAUGAUAAAAGCGGCACUCUACUUCAUGUCGACACUGCAGAUGACAGGGACAUGAACGGUGAAGAGCUACAGCUUAGGAUGUCCCUUCUAACGUUAUAUCCACGAACCAAAGUGUCGACGAAGUACCGUGACUCACACGUCUACGUCUGCCGGCGUACUGUCCUCGACCUGCUACAAGAAAAACCGCAUGUUGACUCAUUCCGAGAAGAAUUCAUUCCUUGGCUAUGCAAAGUACCAUACCAACGGACACGGAGAGAAAAGUACAGUCAUGUAUUGAACCCCAUCACCAAUGCCCCCACCCAGAGCACUGCACUCCUUCAUUCUACCUUGUACGAUGAGCCCCCCAUUCCGUCCUCAAACCCCAAAGACUCUGCCAGCGACGAAGGUAGUGGGUCACCUACUACGCCCAGCCUACGUGUGGGCGUUCUCCUCCAUCGCGAUCAAGAGCCUGCUGCUCGGCUCAAUACCCUUCACGCCUACUUUGAAAUGAACCGCCGCCUCAUCACUCCCGACGUUCCUACAGACAGGUCGCUCGUUGACCAGAAAGCACAGAUAUCUACAGAUAGCAUGGUCGGACCUUCGACGCAGAUCGGCGAGCGAACGUCGGUGAAAAAGUCAGUGAUUGGGAGCCACUGUGUCAUUGGAAAGAUGGUUAAAAUCGUUGGAUGUGUGCUUUUGGACCACUGUGUCGUUGCGGAUGGGGCCAAGCUGGAUGGAUGUAUCCUCGGGAAGAAUACGAAAGUUGGCGCCAAGGCUGAACUUUCACGAUGUGUUUCGCAGGCUGGAUACGAGGUCAAUGCUGGAGAAUCCAUAAAGAAUGAAAGACUGGAGAUAUCUGACUGGACUGGAGUCCUUGACGAGCAAGAGGAUUCAGAAGAGACAGAGUCCGAGAGUGACGACGAUUAAUCGCUGAUUUUUCAGGUUAUCUACUGUCUACUGAAAUGUUGUACGUUCGUCACCCAAAUUCAUGUCGAAACAUCCAUUCUUCGUUACUAAGCGUGUACACCAUGUGUCGAGGGUAGAUGGCUUUGCCCACGAAGGGUAUUUCAUGAAUCAUCGUAAGCCACCAGCUCGAGGGUACAGUUUGCCCGCCGUCGGGGCCUCCUGGCUAUGUGCUGGAGCAGAUGGCUCACUCAAAGGAAGACGCCCGCCGCGUUCCAUAAGCCAACGAAGGAUACUGUGG